AUGUCCACCGAACCCAACCCAUCAGCCCAAAGACCAGGCGCCUCCCCCUCACCACCUCCUCCCGCGCCGGUCCCCCUAACACCAGGCCCGCGCGCCUCCAAACUACAAGAGAUUUUCGACAAGGCGCUCGCGCGCACGCUGCGCGCGAACUCGUAUGCGAAUUUCAGCGGGUGUUUUCCGACGCCGGCGAAACAUGUCCCGGCUAGCUUGGAGAGCGUGUGGAGACAGUUGAAUGCGAAGUUGGAGGAGAGCGCGAAGGCCGAGUUCGAGGAUAUUCUGGCCGAGAGGGAUGCUGUUAGGCAGUUAAAUGAGUUGGACCGGUUGGUUGGGGAGGCGAAGGUUAGGAAGGAUAGAGGAGUCGGUGGGGAUAGUGUUGCGCCGCAUACGUUAAGUCCGGAGGAAUUGUACAAAGCGCAUCUGUUGCCGCAUCUGAUGGAGACGCAGGCGGAUUUGGAUGCGAAGAUUAAUUCGGUGCAGAAUCAGAAUGCGGAGUUGGCUGAGAAGGCUGUGGUUGCUGAUUUGGAGGGUGCUGCAGCCGCGACGACGCAGUUUACGAGUGAGCAUCAGCUUCGACAGGAAGCUGCGCAGAUGGAUGGAGAGGUUAAGGCUAGAUCUGAGAUCUGA